AUAGAAGGAAGGUUGCAGAAUGAAUGACAUAGGGCUUAAUUGCGCAGUAAAAUCCGUUUACCCCACUACCCCACCAUCCCACUGAACUCAAACCUAGCCCAGAAAGCUUCAAUGUUCAUCUCCAUCCAUCGCUCGCUACGAUUAGAUCUUUACAAUGUAAUCUUAAACUUCAAAUACAAUUUUUUAAGGAUAACAAAUAAUAGCGUGUACCGUGGCAUACAGGGCUAACCUCCGCCACACCAUGUGGUCUUCCAUAUCUACCAAUAUCAAUAGGUGACCAAGAUGGACUCGGAGAACGAAGAUGAAGCUCUCCGGCCCAAGAUCCACCCCCUCAAUCUCUUUGACCUAGCCCAAUCUCAAAACCGCCUCCUCUACACCAGCGCGCCCAUGGUGCGCUACUCCAAACUCGCCUUCCGCCGCACCGUACACCAUUUCGGCACCGACCUAUGCUGGACGCCCAUGAUCCUAGCCAAGGAAUUCAACCGCAACCAAGUCGCGCGCGAUAGCGACCUUACCAUGUCAACUGCUCCUAUUCCAGCCUACGACUCCGCGUCUACGCCUCCGUUGUCCGUGCUGGCAGGAGGAGGGAAAGGGGAGGUACCGACAAUAGCCCAAUUCGGCGCCAAUGAUCCAACUGAACUCUCACGCGCAGCCUCCCUCGCCGCGCCCUUCGUAAACGGCGUUGAUUUGAACUGCGGAUGUCCACAGAGCUGGGCCUGCGCUUCAACCCUCGGAGCCGCGCUUAUGAACCAUCGCGAACUAGUUCGGGACAUGGUCACCGCAACACGUGAGCGGUUAACACGCAACGGCUGGGACGUGACAUGCCCUCCCAACUCCAACUCCAACUCCAACUCCAAUCCUAAUCCCGACUCCGAUACCCAAACUACCCGCGGGCGAAGUAUAAGCGUCAAGAUCCGAGUCCACAAAGACCUACGCCAAACCAUGGACUUCAUAACCACCGUUCUAGGCACCGAUCCCAACAGACGUAACAUCGAUUUUUUAACAAUCCACCCACGCACGCGGAACACACCUAGCAGCACACCUAUCAAUCUCGAAGCACUUGAAAUUCUUACUUCUACGUUCGGGAAGAAAGUGCCUAUCCUAGUGUCAGGCGAUGUAUUCGCGCUCUCCACGUUACCUUAUACAUCACACCUAUUAGAUCCGCAGCCUACAUUCACCACCAGCUCCCCUCCCAACCCUACUGUCGACUCUAACCCGGGUUCCAAACUCAGCCUCGACGAAAUCCAGAAAAAACUCCACCUCCCCAACGUCGCAGGUCUAAUGUCCGCACGCGCCCUCCUAGCCAAUCCCGCUCUCUACGCCGGCCACGACUCCUGCCCCUGGACCGCCGUCGACGUCUUCAUGAACGAAGUAUCACGCGCCCCUCUCCCCCUAAAACUCGGCGUACACCACUUAACCGAGAUGUGCGGGCCCGGUUUCGGACCCGGACGAGAUCGCGGUGUAGCUUUGUUAUCAAAACGGGAGCGCGCUCGUUUGACUGAGUUGGGGAGUUGGAUUGAUGUUAUUGAUCUCAUGGAUGAGGUUAGGAGUAGAAACGAAGGAGGGGAGAAAGGGAGAGGGAUAGUACGGUUUGCUUGAGGACUUUUUGGUGUAUAGGGUUGCAUUACAUGGCUGGGAAAAUAGAAAGGUGGUCUUCAAUGAGAUAUACGCCGCUUCAAGGUUAAUGAGACUACGAUAUGUACAUCUAUAAUACAAAUAAUCACAUUCGAAAAAGACAGCAU